GAGAAGGAGCUUUCAGAGGAGGAAGAGAGAAAACAAAGAGAAGAAGUCGCAAGACUAGUGGAAGAACGGAGAAAGCUGAGAGAUGAAAAGAUUGAGGCCGAGAAAUGCAGCAAAGUAUUACUAGCUGCGAAGGAGAAAAUCGUCAGAGAGGCGGAGAAGAAGCGUCAGGAGAGAAGGAAAGAAAGGGAUAAAGCCUCAAGUAAGAGCAGUUCUGAUGGUGAAGAGCAUAACAAGAGAACAGGAAAGGAAAUCGAUCAUAAGCGCAAUGUUGAUAAGGAUGAUCAUCUGGAACAUGAUAGGGGCUCCAACAUGGAAAGGAGACAUGACCAUGGUAUAGAGAAUACUGCCACUAGUAACGGUACAAAAUCUGGCGGUAGGUACUUUGAUCGAGUGAAGGGGACAUUUUUAUCCUCUUCUAAGGCUUUCAGUGAUAGCCGUUUAUUUGGGAGAGGCGUUAUCACUUCUGCUACUAUUGCAAAAGAAACCAAACCCAUCGGUUCUACAGAUAAUUCACAUACCUCUGCUCAUACUAAUUCUCAUACGAAUGCUAAUCACGCAGUUGUUUCUGAGCCAAAGCCGACAAGAGAACCUCGAAAAGCAUGGCACCAACUGUUUGCCCGUUCAACAUCUGUUCCUGUUUCCCCGAAUGUUAGUACUAUAAGUAGACCUAGUACAAAGCCCCAGGAAGCAGCUCAGAGCUCACAAAUUUCCAGUCAAGUUUCCUCAAUACGUACCUUUGACAAUCCCAUCAGUUUUGGCCUCCCAUCGCCAUUUACCAUACCGGUAUACUCUAGUGGAUCCACUACCUGUAGUAUAGGUUUCUCACCUCCAACAGAGAUUGUUCUCCCUCAACCUGGUGAAGAUGAACAUUUUGAAGAUCCGUGUUAUGUUCCAGAUCCGAUAUCUCUGCUGGGACCUGUUUCAGAAUCACUUGAUUUAAGGGCUGGGUAUGAAACUGGGAUAGGAAAACCCCAUUCAAUGAAGAAUACACCUACUCGUGAAAUCAGCAAGCCAUCCCCAAUUGAAUCUCCUUUGUCCAAAUCACGGGCUGCUGAUGAAAAACAAGCUAAUGACGGAAGCUGGCAAAUGUGGAAGAGCCCACUUGGCCAAAACAGUCUUGGUUUAGUUAGUGGGUCAGCAAACUGGAUUAUACCUUCAGAGACAACUAGAUCUACCGAGGAAAGUCAUCAUAUAGCAUCCUCCUUAUUUGCAAAAGAGGAUGCUUAUUCACAUAGGGACAGCCCUGAAAGUGAUCACCAAAACAGCGUAUUCAGCCCCAUUACAAACAACCAUGAUCCUUGGUCACAGAAUAUGUUCUUCCCUGCAUUAUCUGGCACAGAGAGUCCUUUUUCUUGUAGCACACAAACAGAAAGCACUCUCUUGAACAACAGGAGUCCAACUGGAUCUGCUCAGAACAAUCCCUUUGAACACCCUUCUCCGAAUCACUGGCUCAAGAAGGUGAAGGGCUUAAAGGAUGGGACCGGGAAGCAAUUUGUGGCGGCAGGUGAAGUUGAGAACCACCAAGAAGAUGUGCAAUCGGUUUGGUAGUCGCAAAUUCAAAAAGAAAAAAAAUGAGGAGAGUUUUUGCAGAUAAUCGCACUUGGUCUGUCUGUAUCUGUCUAUGUUUGCCACUCGAGUCUCUGAUGGAGACUUUUGAGUUUUUUUAGCUUGAAAACACAGCUCCACUGAACACUCGACGCAUAACUAUAGUCAGGUACUCUUUACUCUGAUAAAGUCUCUCACUUAACUUGCUUUGGUUGGUGUCUGAACAUGUUCCUACCAAAUCUACUCGUGCGACAUAACCUUAUAAAGGAAACCAAAUCUAUAUACUGUAAUCUUUUUUCUUGA